AUGAAAAAUACACCAAAAAUGAAAAUUAAGGAAAGAUUUUCUGAUACCUAUUCCAUUGAUAGACCGAUAUGGAUAUUAUAUAAAUACUAUUAUGAAUUAUUAUUAAGACGUUACUCACGUCAUCUUUCAAAGACUGAUAGAAAACAAUAUUCUAGAAAUCAAAAAAAUUUAUUAUUUUCAAACAUGGAUGCUUUUGAUGAUAUCUCUUAUUUAAAUGGUGAAUCUUCUUUACCAGCAAUGGAAACAUUAGAUGAGUAUUUUAAUUUUGAUCAACAAAAUCCUUCUAUGUCUAUAUUAAAUAGUAAUGAAGUUUUUGACAAUUUUGAUUUAGAUCAAAUGUAUAAUAGUUUACCAGAAGAGGAGAAAAAAAAUAAUAAUUUUAGAGAUUAUGAGGAUAAUUUAGCAUUCUCAUUUCAAUCAUCUUCACCUGGUUCAGAUGAGUCAAUUUUUCAUUCUCAUACUUCAUCAACUUCCUCUGAUUCUGGUAUUGAAUCACCACCUGUUGAUUUAUUUUCAAUUCAACUUUCAUCUGAGUAUGAUGAUAAACGGUACUCUAAUUUUAUAAAUGGAACAAAAGCGGGUCUUUUGUCACCAGAUGACAUUUCAUUACAUGAUAUUCCAAUGGAAUUUGGUGAAAAAAAUUUGGAAGUAUGUUAUGAUAAUGUAAUGCCAUCUAAUAAUGAUAUGAGGUCUGCUUAUAUCAAUGAUAAUACACAAACUAUUGGAAGACCAGCAGCAAGAACUUCACCCAGACAAAGAAAUAAUUUGAAUGGUAUACCUCAAGGAAAUAAUAGAAGUGUUAUUAGGAUUAAACCACAAAACCGCAAUUGCCGUGGAGCAACUACAACAACUACCACAACAAUAAAUCAAAGAAUUCCUAAUUUUAAUGAAAUUAAAGAGGAAUCAAUUACAUCACCAUCAUUAUCUCCAGAACCAAAUUUGUGUAAAGAUAAUAAUUUGAAUAAUCGCAAAUUUCCUCUUUUAAUUUUGACUGAUGAAGAGAAGAGACUUUGCAAGAAAGAAGGAAUUCACCUACCAGAACAUUAUCCAUUAACUAAAGCUGAAGAAAGAGAAUUAAAGAGAAUCAGGAGAAAGAUAAGAAAUAAAAAAUCUGCUCAGACAAGUAGAAAAAGAAAACAGGAUUAUAUUGAAGCAUUAGAACAUAGAGUUGAUCAAACUGACAAUGAAAAUAGGGAAUUAAGACAAAAAUUAGAAACAUUAAAUAAUGAAAAUCAAAGCAUUAUGGCUCAGUUACGUAAGCUUCAAGCUUUACUUACUAAAGAAGCUAAAAAUACUGCUCAAACAUCAACAUGUUUAGCAGUUAUGGUUCUAUCAGUAUGCCUUCUUAUUGCACCAAAUUUAUCACCACUCUCAAAGAGUCGUUUUAAUGAAAGUGAAGAAGCACAAAAAUCAAUACAAUUUAAACGUGGAUCGUUAUUUAUGGGAUCUGUAUUGAGUGGUGGAUCACCAUCAAGAACAUUAGUUGAUUUUACCCAAUCUAAUAAUGAUUUUUUUGGAAAAACAAUUAAAUCUAAAGAAGAAGAAGAGUGUGUUGUUGUGGAGAAAGAUGUAACUCAAAUUUAUGAGCAAAAAGUUACUCCACCAAUUCCACGUAAUGCUCAUAGACAACAAAUUAUGGAAAAUAGAAAUAUUAAUCAACAACCACAACAAUAUAAAAGAGUUGUAAAUGGAAAAUUAACAAGAGUUACAAUUUCUAAUGAUCAUAAUGUUGGAAAUUGUGUAAAACCACUUCCAUCAUAUGGUAAUUAUCAAAGAACACAUCCUUCAAUAUUAACAACAAUCAUUCCAACAGUCAAAAAUACAGCUGUCAAAAGAGAACCUUUUCCAACAUCUGCUUUUCCAGAAACAACAAAUUAUAUCAAUGGAAAUGGUAUGUCUGUUACUAGAGUAAUUAAAAGAAAUAUCAAUGGUACUCAACAAUCACCAGUACAAAAUCAAGAACAUUCAAUAUAUGGACAACAACAAAAUUAUUACAUGGUUGAACCACAAGUUAAACGUAUCCGUAUGCAGCAAAUGUAA